AGCGCUCGUGCUCAAACCGCACCGACCCGGUCAACGCGACUGCCAGCAUGGCAGCGAAGGCUUUUUACCGAAAGGGCUUUUUACUGCUUCUGUUCAAUUUCAUUUCAACCGCGGCGUUGGACAAGAGGUUCUCCGACCUGAAAAGAUGCGCCGACGAGGAGUGCAGUAUGCUCCUGGUUCGGGGGAAAGCGGUUAGCGAGUUCUCAGCACCAGAUUGUCGUUUUUUAUCGUUCAAGAAAUCAGAAACUAUCUAUGUAUACUACAAACUGUCAGGCAGAAGGGCAGAUGUAUGGGCGGGGAGUGUUGGUAACCGUUUUGGUUAUUUCCCCAAGGAGCUACUUGCAGUCAACCACAUAUACACUGAAAAAGAAGUGGAAGUUUCUGCAGAGGAAACCGAUUUUGUCUGCUUUGAUACAGGAUAUGAUAAGUUUGACAGUUAUGACAUCGAUGCGUUGCUAGCAUCCACUAUGGUAAUGGAGGAAAAUGAAGAGAAAAAGGUUGACACAACUGAUCAAAUUGAAGUAGUAGAGGAUGCAGAAGAAGAAAUUGAGCCAUCAACAGAUGAACUGAUUGAUGAUGAGAAUAAAAAUGAUGAUCAUGAUAACUUCCAGGACCUUAAUAGGGUCCCAGGUGACCAAAGUGCCUCGAUGUCUCAGCACAAAAACACAAGUGAAUUGCUCACCACAAAAGUGGCGCCUCACACAGAAGCUGCAUCUGGAGCUGCUGAGAAGGGCAGAGAAGACACAGAACAAGUGCAACAAACUGCAAUGGCUGCUGCUGCAGAACAUGUUUCAGAGAACAGUGAAACCAGUAAGACACAUAAAAGUCCUGAGGUUGAAUCUCUUCCUAAAGAGGAUCCAGACUUAGAAAAUGAAUCUGAGUCCUUUUCUAAAGGGAGAGAAAUCCAUGAGUUACAUACUACUUUGGGUACAACUUUUGAUGCCGUCACCACUGAUGAUGAAGAUACUUGGAAAGUUACGUCAUAUAGAGAGGGAGUGGGAGAGAGUGAAGAAUUGGAAGAGUAUACUCAUGAUAACACUGAUACAGAUAAUAACACCAAAAAGGGACCUCCUUUGCUGUCUUUUUCUACGGAAGAGGCAAACACUCUAGAAUCAGAUCCUUCUCUUAAGGAGGAAAGCCCUCCAACAGCACGUGUUGAUGACCAACAAACCUCAGAAGAUGAGAAUGUGUGGACAUCGAUUGGGGAUACAGUUUUUGCAAUUGUUAGUGGUGGAGAAAAGACAUCAGAUGUUUAUAGUUCUGAAGAGGAUGAGGAUGAGGAAGAAAAUGAUUCAGAACACUCACCCAGUACCGAGGAGGUAAAGGAAGAAGAAAUUCAGCUGCUAUCUGCAGAAGUACUGAAAGAGCCUGAAGACAAAGAGUUAGCUAUUAUGGAUUCCCCUACAUCUAGUUCUCAAGAGACUGGAGGUAAAGAACCCAAUAAGGACCCAGAGUCAUUAUUGUUUGAUAAUGAGAUUAAUGGAGAUGUGACUGGGUCUGAAGAAUAUCACGAUGAAAUGUCAACACUACCAGCUGCUGAACAGAGCUCCCAUAGAAAAACAGAGGAGAGCACUACAGCAAGAAAUGAUGGUGCAGCAGAUGCCCUGCCUCAUGAAAAGGAUGGUAAAACACUUGAACCCACAGAAGAGAACCUGUCAGAACAUUCGGCUGGUCAAGAUGAUGGUUCACAUAUCCAUGACAGUAGCACUACCAAGCAUAGAGAGCAUUUAGCGAAUAAUUUUGAACAAGACGAAAAGUUGAUCAGGCAUCAUGAAUUAUCCAGUACAGAAACUGAAACCAACAAAGACCUGCCCUUUGAGAAAGAGACCUGGCAGAUGUCAGAUUUUAAAGAUAGAGAUUUCAAUGAAGAAAAGAAAGAUAGUGAAAAUCUAUUGGACAAGUAUAGCGAACACUCAGUUACAGAUGUAGAAAAGGAUGAAAGUAAGCAUACUAGUCACUUGGCUCUAUCUUCUGAUGAAACAGAGCUUAAUAAGGUGUUACAUAAAGGGGAUGAGGAGGAGCCGCUGAAUGAGCCAGAGGUAGAGGAGAAGGAGGGAUUACUUGAAGAUGAAAAUGCUGUUUUAUCCUCAAAGUCACAAACAAAAAGCAACAUACUUUCAUCAACUUCAGAGCCAGAAUAUAGUGACAGUGUCCUGAGACUAACUGUGUUGCGAGACCACUUCCAGGAGGAAGAUAUGGAGCGCUUCCAGAAGUUUUUGGGUCUCAAGAAUCUUUUCAAGUUGGAGGCCAUGUUCUCUGACCUAGACAUGGAGUUACAAGCUGCCCUCCUUUCAAAUAGAGGCACUAUUGAGGAUAUUGAGAAAUCACUUGAGGGCAUCUUAGAAGUCUCAGAGAACUCCAUCCUGGAUGAGCUUGAGAAAAUGCUUGAUAGCAGGAACUCAAAGGAUAGUGACAUCCAAAAAAUGGACACAAGUAUGUUUGAUGAGGAGGCCAAAAUAUUGGAUGACUUCCAGGAGCUUGCAUUCAGCCUUCGACAGAAGUAUUCAGCACAUAGUGACAGCACACCUUUGGCAACAGAUGGUGUAUCACCUGUUCACCAAGAAGAUGAUGACACAUUACAUUUUAAAGAAGAAGUGGUGAUCCCUCCCGCUGUUGAGGAAAAAAGCGACUUCACUGGGGCUGAGAAGGAUGACAAUCUCACAGUAACAGAUACGGAGGAAAGUUCACCAGAGGAGGACAAGGAACAUGCUCCUUUGGAUAAAACACAUGGGGGAGCAGAUUUUAGUGUGGAAGAAGAUGGAGGGCACUUUAAUAAAAACAAAGACAAUCAGCCAAGCUUCAGUACAACAGAGGAUAUGCAGAAGACCCCACAGCCUAUUCUGGAAAAUACCUUUGACAUGGGUCUUGGUGUAGAGGUGGAACAUUCAUCCUCAGUAUCUCUUGACUCAAAGGAACCAGUGUCUGAUAUUCUUGAAGAGGAAUUGGGGAUAUUCUCAACUGGAAUGCUAUACACUGUGUGUCUGGUUGAUAUGGUCAAGAACAAAACUGAAGAGUGGACAAAUGAGAUGAUUUCCCUUCUGCCAGAAGAAUGGAAGCCAGGGGAAACCUUGUUUGGAUGCCCUUGGCAAGCUGUUCUCAUCACUGCGUUGGUUGGAGUAAUCACCUUCACCUUCAUUUUCUGGAGGACCAUACUGGCCGUAAAGAAAAGAGAGUACCUUGUGGAUGAAAAGGGGCUCAAUAACAAGAUGGUGGCACUCCAAAAAGAAAAGAAUGAAGCUACCUUAAAGAUUUCACAACUCCAGAAACAGACUGAAGAACUAAAAGAAAAACGAAAACUCUCUGAGGAGACAGCUAGUUGUGCCCUGAAAAGAAACGAAGAACUUCAGAAUAAAGUUCUGGAGGCAGAGACACAAAAUGAACAACUUUCUGAGGAAAAGAAAACAUAUGCAAAGCUCCUUGAGGAAGAGAGAGCAAAUUCUCUUAAAAAUGAGAGCCGGAUUGAAAAAUUGGAGAAGUCCAAUGAAAAGCUACAGCUCAGUAGGAAAAAGACUCAAGAAGCGCUGGCUAAGACCACAAUACUCCUGGAUGAAGCUAAGAUUCGUGAAGAUGCCAGAAAUGUUCAGCACAAAUGCCUUGAGAGAGAUUAUGCAGCACUAAAAGAAGAAAGCAAAACGCUCAAGUCAACUAUCAAGGAAUGGGAGGGCAAACAUAUGGAGCUGAGCGAGCAGAUCAAAGUUUACCAGAAGUCCCAGAAAGAGCUUGAGGACUCGGUGGUCCUCAAAGACCACAAUGUGGAGGUGCUGUCUGACUUGCUGGCAGACCUAGACGCUUGUGAUUUGCAAAAAAGUGACAGCAAAGCUUUAGCCAAUGGUGAGGUGGCCAUCGAUAAAAAGACUGCCAUAAAGGUCAGGAUCAAACAGAUGAUGGAUGUUUCUCGAGUCCAGACCACUCUUACCGUGGUAGAAGAGGAGCGGGAUCGGUUCAUGACCAAAUUACUGAAUGAGGAAAAUGCUCGUAAAGCACUGGAGGAACAACACCGGGAGCUUGAGCACUCCAUUGCAACUUUAAAAAGUGACAAGAGCCAUGUGGAAAACCAGUUCAAGAUUCUUCAGCAGAAAAAUGAAAUCAUGUGUGAGAUGUACCAGCAGAAGGAGAAUGCUUUGCAGCAGAGACUGACCAAGGAAGAGCUGGAGCGCCGCAGUAAGGAGAGUCUACUCUCUGAGGUGGGUGGCAAAGCUGUGGAGGCAGAGGAGCAGGUCAAAGUUUUAAGGCAACGCAUCAAUGAAAUGGAGGAGCAGAUGAAAAAGACUGAGGAGGUCUAUAAGGAGCAAAUAAAAGAACAGGAGAAUAAAACUCAUCAUAACUGGGUGACCGCGCGAAACGCAGAGCGAACUCUGAAUCAAGAGAAGGUCGAAACAUCAAAGUUGCGUGAAAAAUUGGCUGUACUUACCUCCCAAUUAAAUGAGCGGCGUGCUCCACUCUUUAGGCCCAGCUCUGGACAACCUAUAGGGCCCCGUCAAGGUGAUUCAUACGGGCCUUCUCCUGUAAGUGGGGGUGCGCCAUCCCCCCCUCUAAUGAUAGAAGGUCCCAGGCGCCCACCUUCUGCCCCCGUGGGGCGAAGAAUUGACCCGUAUGGACCCCGGCCUCCAUCAGACCCUCAUAGUCGUUACCAUGACAACAAACACGUGUCCGGAAUCGACAUGAUGGCCCCCCGUACCUCAUCACCUGCCAACAUUGAUGGAUCUACAGAACCAGUAGAUUCAGAGACAAAGGCUGAGGCCUCCACUGAGAGUCCAGAGCCAGGCCUGGGAUCCUUCCAGGCCUCUCCAAUAAGGGACCCCCCUGCUUCCAUGGUCCAAGGGCCUCCACCUGCCCCUGGAUCUCAGGGCCCCCCACCUGGUCCUGGACCUCAUGAUCCUUUUUCACCUCCUGGGCCGCACAAUCGUCUGCCACCUCCUGGAACUUACAGACCUCCACGACCUGGCCCGGGCUCCCAUGGCCCCCUCUACCAUCCCCCAGCUGGGAUGACUGGGCCACAUGUCCCCUUGGCUCACGAUGUACCACCUCAUGGGCCUCCACGACCACCCAACGGACACCCAGGUCUGCCACCUCCUGGAGCCAUGGGAGCAGACUUUGGACCUCGCCUAUCUAAUGGACAUGCCAUCCGCCCUAGACUAGGUCCUGGACAUGCUCCUGACCCUCGUGGUCCGCCACCACCACAUUUCCGUCCCCAUCCACCUCCUCAUUUUGGACCGAUGCCUCCGCCCCAUGGUAUCCGGGGCCCCAUGGGACCACGCCCACCCUUCCCCCCAGAUAUGCGCUUCCAGGGGCCACGUGACCAUGCUUACCCGCCAGUGCACCUGCGUUCAGGAGGUGUUGCACCCCCCCCUCCUCAUGGCGAUGCUUUUGUUCAAGCUUCACCUGAGGGCCAACACAUCUCUGUGGGGCCCCAGACUGGCCCUGGACAGGGGGAAAACUUUCCCAUUAAGCAUGAGGCAGACCAGCAAGACUCUGUAAGGUCAGCCAUGGCCGAGCCUUAAAAAGAGUAAAAAGAAAAAUGCCAACAAUGACAGAAGACUUGAACAGACUCUGGCCCCUAACCCUACACAUUUACCACCCACAUUCAACUCGUCCAUAAUGCACAGGUUUAUUUCAUAUAUCAGUUAAAGUAAUCGUGCAAUGAAAAUGUAUCUGAAAAAUCAUGUUCUUAUAAUAGUGUCAGAAAUCAAUCUUGUCUGAAAUUGAUACGAGAAGAGUAGUGAGGAUUGCCACUUUGCAAAAUACUUGAUUGUGCAAUAACGUUUCAAUGAAUUGCCUAUGGGUUUUCAGCUGUUUUUAGGUUUUGAAAAAUAAUAAAGAUUCUUAAGGGUAAAGUUUUUUUUUAAAUGUCAUUUCCUGUGGAAAUUAUAAAACACGGAGGUUUGGGUUCUAUCAUGUCAGGAAUACCCUAUUUCCCAUUCUCCCAAACUUGUUGCUUUAGAAUGCUUAGAGGAAAUAUGUAAUUUGCUGCCCAGAUGUAUAACUUAUUUUACUAUUUUUCUUAGAAAUUUUAAUAAUAAAGAAUGUAAAAGCCAUUGCUGUUAUCCCUUGCUUAUGCCGCAUCAACAAAUCAAACAUGGAUACCUUGUUUACUUCCAUGUCUGUUGUCAGUAAUUCUGUCUUUGGUUACGUUUCCCAAUGUCUUUGCUUUCUUUUGAACACUUGAAACAUUCUGUACAUUUGUGCUCUUAUUGAUGGAGAGACGUUUAAUGACGUGACUCGAAUUUACAUUUCUUCAUGAGGGUUGGCAGUAAACGUUCAGCUGACAUUUUUAACAAAAUGGUUAAAAGGUUCUGGGGACUAGCUCGGCUCGGUUGAUGUACUGUUACGGAGGAGGCUGCCAGACCAGGACUCCUCACCGAGUCGCCCCUUCAUGUUUUCACCACCUUAGAUUCUGUCGAUUUGAAUGCUGCACCUUUAUUUGAGGGGGAGGGGGGGGCACAACCUGACAUGGUUUUGAAAUGCAUUCUUCUGAUCUUUUUGUCCUGAUAUAAGCCAAGUUUUCAAUCAGUAUGGAAUACAAAUUAAAGAAAUUCACUCUUGCAAUUCAUAUAUAAAUUGAAAUAAUGCUUUCCCCCUCCCCUCCCCCCAUUUCUGUGGGCCAGAUGCAUGCACCCAGUGCUCCAAACGGUUAUGACGUGUAGAGGUUUUGCAUCACACUUGGUCUGUUGAGGAAAACGAUCCCUCAAAUCAAGUGCUUUACGUCAAGACCCUUUAAACACAUUAACUGCACCGCGUUUUGCCAUUAAACGUCCUCAUGCACAAUGUUACCACACAUGCUGAGAUUUCAUUUAAAGAUGCACAAACCUACUUUUAUAGCAAGAUGCGUUUAAUCAGAAACAAGACAACCCAGCUGAAGGACGAGUUUUGCAGACUAUGAAAUGCCUCGACAGUUGUAGUGUUGAAGCUGUAAUAAAUGAAGUGCUGUGUAUGAUGGCAGCAGUCUGUCUUGUGUGUUAUGUAGACCCAGUGUUUCCGGUAAAGGGGGUGGCUGGCAGGUCACGUAGUCUCACAUUGUGCAAUAAAAUGCUUACGUCCACCCGAACAAAAGCUCUGGUUAAUCGUUUCUUCCCGGUUUUGCGACCCGAUUCCCCCCGUGGGACUCCUUAAGAAACUUACGUUUAAAAUAAACCACGUGAUCACCCCGGGACCUGUCCUCGCGAGAAGUUACCGCUUCACCCGAGGUUUUGUCUGCGUUCGCGGUCCUCGUUUCUAAAUGGGGGCUAAUGAGGGUCGGUGGGUUCGAGUCUCACGGGGACCACCUGCAUGCGAAGCAAAGCGCUACCGAUAAAAAAAAAGGAUCCGUCGGGGGCGUCCGGGUGGCGUGGCGGCCUAUUCCGUUACCCACCAACACGGAGAUCGUCGGUUCGAAUCCCCGCGUUACCUCCGGCUUGGUCGGGCGCUGCGGGUGGGAAGCCGGAUGUGGGUAUGUGUCCUGGUCCGUGUCGCUGCACCAGCGCCAAGGUCGGUCGGGGGCGCCUGUUCGGGAGGGGGAACUUGGGGGGGGGUAGCCCACGCGCUACGUGCCCCUGGUGAAACUCCUCACUGUCAGGUGAAAAGAGGCGGCUGGCGACUCCACAUGCAUCGGGUCUGCGGCCCUCUCCGGAUCGGCAGAGGGGGUGGAGCAGCGACCGGGACGGAGUGGGGUAAUUGGCCCAAUACAAUUGGGGUGGGGGGGAAAUAAAGCCUCCAUCAAAUGCCACGUUUUCAUGUUACAAAGAGGGCUCGGCCAGCCUGGUUUCGUAGUUUAUUAGAAAUUGAAGCAGUGUAAAUAGUGUAGAAUCUUCUUCAAGUCUGCCAACAAAGCCAAAAUACUGCUAACAACAAUUCUCACCCCUACUGCCUCCUAUCGCGCGCGCGCACGUGCAUCUUCAAGCUUCAUUUACGCUUCCUAACGUUACAAAAAUAACACCUAAAACCAAAUAUCACAACGCAGAGACGGCUUGGUAGGUGGAGGACACAUGUGGGGUUUUAGUGAGAACAAACAAAAACUUGUGUUUGGAGAGAGAGAGAGAGAGAGAGCCCUUUAGGGAGACGUCAUGGCGGUUCAAAGGUCACCUCGCCAGCGACCCCGGGGCGAAGUCAGUCCUUCACAACACGAGUCCGUCCGCUAACGUGACGUCAGCACACGCAACCCCACCUCACAACCAUCGCGAUCACGUACGUGAAAAACGAUGACACCGAGUAGUCCCUUUUUUUUAAUCUGCACAGAAACCCCAAAUCAAUUUUAAAAUCAAUAGUUAGAAGAUAAAACACCUCAUUCGCAAUCCCACGUGGCUGCUCAGAGGUGCCAAGUGUUUGAAAUCUGAUUUUUCAGUGCUAAUAAAAUACCAUCAGGGGUUGCUUAGCGACUGAAAAUAGUAAACGAGUAACCGGUAAUGAACAAUCCCUUCUUUCUGGGGGGGGGGGGGGGGGAGACGAUGAUGUCUGGGCCUCGACCCUGCAUGUGUAUUUCAUGACGAGGGUCCUUACAUGCAAACCGUCCGCACACAGCGGAUUCACGACACCCGUCGCUGCAGCAUGAGCACCGACACGGCUCCACCCUCGGGGCCCGCCAGCACAGUGAAUGGAUGGUGGUGACCUUCAGAGGCCCUCGCUCGUCCUCCAUCUUAAACAGGUAGUACUGGAAGAUGGGGUCGCAGUUUCUGUGUGUUUUCGGGGCAGUGGGUUGGUUUUUACAAUACUCUAAAACAACAUGGAUGACUUCAAUCCGGGUAGGUCAACACGUUGGCCCUCUCGGGCGACGGAUAAGCUUAAAAUGGGGGCGAUUGGGCGCCCGGGUGGCGUGGCGGCCUAUUCCGUUGCCUACCAACACGGGGAUCGUCAGUUCGAAUCCCCUGCAGACAUGGUUGCCCGUGGUGGGAGGCCAGAUCUGGGUGUGUGUCCUUGUCACUGCACUAGCGCCUCCUCUGGUUGGGUGGGGCGCCUGUUCAGGGGGGGGGGCGUGAUCCUCCCACGCGCUACGUCCCCCUGGUGAAACUCCUCACUGUCAGGUGAAAAGAAGCGGCUGGUGACUCCACAUGUAUCAGAGGAGGCAUGUGGUAGUCUGCAGCCCUCCCCGGAUCGGCAGAGGGGGUGGAGCAGCGACCGGGACGGCUCGGAAGAGUGGGGUAAUUGGCCGGAUACAACUGGGGAGAAAACACACACACACACACGCACGCACACACACACACACACGAGCUGACUAAAUAUUUAAACCCGUCGUUCACUCGGGGAACAAUCUUCAGCCAUACUCUAAACCACCACACUUAGCUGAGGCGGAAACGGCUACCACAAACACAUUUUGGUAUCAUUUCUAUAUACACGGGACUCAUGUAUAAUCAAAUUAUCAGGGUUUACAUUCGAUUAAGACUCAAAUUCCAAUGAAACAUCCACAGUGACUCCCAAACGCUCUCCAACUGGGAGAGCCGAGGAAGACCGGCGAUGAAGAACUUUGCCGGUGUCUUAAGAGUACCGCUGCUCUCUGGAUAAAACCGUGUCUCUUCACUCGGUCAAAUGUGCAUUUAUUUCCAGGUAAACAAUCACUAUGUGGUUUUUUUUUGGGGGGGGCAGUUAAUUAGCUCUGGCUUUGUGGGGCCCUACAACCAGGAAACCUGCUCCACCGAUAUAUUAAAAAAAAAAAGACCGUGCACACAUUCAGUUCAAGUAAACAUGAGAAAAUCGGCUGAACUGGAAUGAAAAUGUUGCUCUUAGAAUCGCGUCAACAUGCACAUAAGCUAAAAAAAAAUAAUUAAAAUAAAAA